UCUUGAUCAUCAUCAUCAUCAUCAUCAUCACCAUCACCAAUUCAUCAUAAUCACAAUCACAUACGCCAAUAUUUUCUCUUUGAUUUAAUCUAAUCUUCUCAAUUACAGGAUUCGGAUUGAGAUCCUCAAAAAGAAGUAUUAACAGUUUAAAACAAAAACGAAAACGAAACAAAAAGCCCUAGUUUUUUUUUUCUUCUUCAUUGAAAAUUCAGGUCUUCGAUUCUCUCGAAGGCCGAUUAAGAAAGAACUUCAACAACUAGGAGGGAUGUUUAUUGGAACAUUGUGUUGAUGAUCAAAGAGACUGAACAGUAAUCAAUGGGAAAUCGCGGACAAAAACGCAUGGAAAUGGCUGUUGAUUUACCUGAAGAUAAAAGAGCUUGUAGUUCAUUAGACUUUAGGCCAAGUACAUCAAACUCAUCUGUUCAAACCCACCUGAAUUCCACAAAUUCCACACCUGAAACCCACCAUAACGAUAUGGAUACUUCGUCUUCUGCUUCAGCUUCAAGCCGAUCAGAGGAAGAACCUGAAAAAGAUUCGGGAUAUGGUUCGUGUGAUUCUGAUGAUGGAGACCCCAGACAUAGUGGUCUUAGAGAAUUACAGAGGAGGAGAUCAUCUGGUGAUCUUGGAAAAUUGAGGAGUAUUUUAGGGAGUUUGAGUGAAGACGGUGAUCCUUCUAAGCAAAUAGUUGCACUUACAGAGUUAUGUGAAGUGUUGUCUUUUGGUACAGAGGAUUCACUUUCUAGCAUGAUGGCAGACUCGUUAUCACCAGUUCUUGUAAAGCUGGCAAGGCAUGAGAGUAACCCAGAAAUAAUGUUAUUGGCUGUUAGGGCUGUAACAUAUUUAUGUGAUGUGUUUCCUCGAUCAUCAAGCUUGCUUGUUAGACAUGAUGCGGUUCCUGCCCUUUGUCAAAGAUUAAUGGCUAUUGAGUACUUAGAUGUAGCUGAACAGUGUUUGCAAGCACUGGAGAAAAUUUCUCGGGACCAAUCACUUGCCUGCUUACAGGCUGGGGCUAUUAUGGCUGUUUUAACUUAUAUUGAUUUCUUUGCUACAAGUGUACAGAGAGUUGCACUGUCCACCGUGGUGAACAUAUGCAAGAAACUUCCUUCGGAUUGCCCUUCAACUUUAGUGGAUGCUGUUCCCAUAUUGUGCAAUCUUCUUCAGUAUGAGGAUCGACAGCUGGUUGAAAGUGUAGCAAUAUGCUUGAUAAAAAUAUCAGCACAGUUAAGUCAGUCCACUGAGAUGCUUGACGAACUUUGUAAGCAUGGAUUGAUUCAUCAAGCCACGCAUCUUAUAAACUUGAAUAGUCGAACUACUCUAUCCCAGCCAGUUUACAAUGGUUUGAUUGGGUUGCUUGUCAAAGUCUCUUCUGGUUCACUUGCAGCUUUCAGAACUUUAUAUGAGCUUAAUAUAAGCAGCAUAUUGAAGGAUAUAUUAUCAACUUAUGACCUCUCACAUGGAAUGUCUUCUCCACAUGUGGUUGAUGGGCACUCCAAUCAGGUACAUGAGGUUCUGAAGUUGUUGAAUGAGCUUCUCCCUACUUCAGCUGGAGAUCAAUGUGUUCAGCUGGUGUUGGAUAAGCAAAGUUAUUUAGCUGAACACCCUGAUCUUCUACAAAAGUUUGGGAUGGAUAUACUUCCCAUGUUGGUCCAGGUGGUUAACUCUGGUGCAAAUAUAUACGUUUGCUAUGGCUGCCUAUCUGUUAUCCACAAGUUAGUUUAUUUGACCAAAUCUGACAUGCUUGUUGAAUUGCUUAAGUGUGCCAACAUUCCAAGUUUUCUGGCUGGGGUGCUUACCCGAAAGGAUCACCAUGUGCUCAUACUAGCUCUGGAGAUUGCUGAGAAGAUCCUGCAGAAGCUUUCUGAUACUUUCUUGAACUCUUUCGUGAAGGAGGGUGUCUUUUUUGCCAUUGAUGCACUGUUGACACCAGAAAAAUGUUCACAACAGUUGUUUCCUGUGUUUAGUGGCAUGCAGCUCUGUUCUAGCUCAAGCCAAAAGUCUUCUGGAAGGGAGGUUCUGAGGUGUUUAUGUUAUGCUUUUGAUACUGGUCAGUCUUCUACGGUUUCAGAAUCCGGAACUUGCUGGCAUGAUAAAGAUUCUGUUCAUAAUCUUGCACAGAAGAUUAGAACCACAUACUUCUCUCCAGAAUUAUUUGGGUCUGAGGAAGGACUGACUGAUAUUCUUCAAAAUCUCAAAACUUUUUCUGCUGCUUUAAGUGAUUUGAUGAAUGUGCCUUCUAGUAAUGAUUCACCUGCUCAAAAUGAAGAAAAUUUUUAUAGUAUUUUGCAUCAAAUAAUGGAAAAGCUUAAUGGAACUGAACCUGUUUCUACUUUUGAGUUCAUUGAAAGUGGAAUUGUGAAAUCAUUGAUGAAUUACCUGUCUAAUGGACUAUAUAAUGGGGAACUUCAUGGUGCAUAUUGUAAUUUAUCUGUUGUGGAAAAACGAUUUGAGGUGCUAGCAAGACUGUUUUUAUCUCCUUCAAACAUUAUUUCUGAAGACUUUCCUCUCUCAGUCCUGAUACAGAAAUUACAAAGUGCUCUGUCUUCUUUGGAAAAUUUCCCUGUCAUUUUAAGUCAUUCAUUUAGGCAGAGAAAUUCAUUUGCUACUGUUCCAUUUGGACGCUGCAUAGCACAUCCAUGUCUAAGAGUUCGUUUCGUGAAAGGAGAUGGGGAAACAUGUUUAAGUGAUUUCUCUGAAGAUCUUGUGACUGUUGAUCCUUUCUCUUCUUUGGAUGCUAUUGAAGGAUAUUUGUGGCCUAAAGUUAGUGUGAAAGGAUCCAAAGAUGUACAAUCAGAUUGCCAAGCUAUAGAUCAAAUGAACAGUGAAUCUCUUAGUUUACCUUUAGAUGCAAAGUCUAUCCAAGGGGAAAGUUCAGGGCCUAUGGAGCAUGAAAAUAUGUGCGCUGAUUUACCUCCUCUCAAGCAUGACACAAUGACCAGUGAUUUGGUUGAGAUGCAGGAAGAUGAGGCAAAUGUAUCAGUGUUGGCUUCUGAACAAGCAGCAGCUUCAAAGCAAUCAAGUCUGGGUGAAACAUCAUCAUUGCAUGAAAGUUGUGCUGAUUGUAACAAUGAUCAUACUUGUAAACUUCUAUUUUACAUAGAAGGGAAGAAGCUAGACCGAACAUUGACAGUAUAUCAGGCAAUUCUUCAGCAGCAAAUAAAAUCAGAUGAUGAAUUUAUUACUGGGACAAAAUUGUGGAGUCAAGUACACACAAUAACUUAUAGAAGAGCUGUGGAAUCUCAAUGUGAUGAUCCCCAAAAAUGUCUUCAUUUAGGUCAAAAGUUUUCGUUAUUGGAUAGAGUUGAGGCACAUAUGCAUUUUGCUUCAUUAUUCUCAAGCAUGUUUGCUUGUAAACUAGCUUCUGAUUUGGACAAGUCAAGUCCGAUUUAUGAUAUAUUGUACAUGCUUAAAUGUUUGGAAGUGGUGAAUAGGUUUACAUACCAUUUGAUGUCUCAUGAAAGAAUAUUGGCAUUUGCUGAAGGUAGAAUUGAUAACUUGGAUGAUCUGAAGGUGGGAGUUCGUUUGCUGCAUCAGAAUGAGUUUGUGAGCACUAAGUUGACAGAAAAACUAGAACAACAAAUGCGGGAUGCUUCAUCUGUUUCAAUUGGUGGUAUGCCUUCAUGGUGUAAUCAAUUGAUGACUUCUUGCCCAUUCUUGUUUAGUUUUGAGGCAAAAUGUAAGUACUUCCGAUUAGCUGCAUUUGGUCCACGGCAAGUUCAACCUCAUCCACCGUAUAAUAACUCAGUUGCAGUGAGUGAAAGGCGACAAGGUGCCAGUGGCUUGCCUCGUAAGAAGUUUUCAGUGUGCCGGAACCGGAUUCUGGAGUCUGCUGCACAAAUGAUGGAUCAGUAUGCAAACCAUAAAACUCUUCUUGAAGUGGAGUAUGAUGAAGAAGUUGGUACUGGUCUUGGUCCGACAUUGGAGUUCUAUACCCUUGUCAGUCAUGAGUUUCAGAAAUCUGGCUUGCGCAUGUGGAGAGAUGAUCAUAGUUCAUUAGCCACCAGGAAUAGCUUGCAGGUUGAGGAUUUUGAAAUAGUGAUGUCUCCUUUUGGUCUUUUCCCUUGUCCAUGGUCAUCUGCAGUGGAUACAUUGGAUGUGAUACAAUUCUCUGAUGUAUUGAAAAAGUAUGUUCUUUUGGGUCAAGUUAUUGCAAAGGCUCUUCAAGAUGGACGAGUCUUGGAUCUGCCUUUCGCCAGAGCCUUCUAUAAGCUUAUUCUUGGGAAGGAACUUAGUUUGUAUGACAUCCAAUCAUUUGAUCCUGAGCUUGGUAGCACACUGCUGGAGUUUCAGGCUGUGGUUAAUAGAAAAAAAUAUUCAGAAUCAAUCUGUGGACAAAACUCAACAUUUGAUCUUGAUUCAUGCUUCCGGGGUACCAGGGUUGAGGAUCUUUAUCUUGAUUUUACUCUUCCUGGGUACCCUGAAUAUGUUCUUACUUCUGAGGCUGAUAAGAAAAUGGUAAAUAUGACCAACUUGGGGGAUUAUGCAGCAUUGGUUGUGGAUGCUACAAUACGCUCAGGAAUAUCCAGACAAUUUGAAGCUUUUAAAUCUGGUUUUUGCCAGGUUUUCCCUAUUGAACUUCUUCAGAUUUUCACGGAAGAGGAACUUGAGCGUUUACUCUGUGGAGAACGUGACUUUUUGGCUUUUAAUGAGCUUUUGGAUCAUAUCAAGUUUGAUCAUGGGUACACGGCUAGCAGUCCUCCCAUUAUUAACUUAUUGGAAAUUAUAAAGGAGUUUGACUAUGAACAACGACGAGCAUUUCUUCAGUUUGUGACCGGGGCUCCUCGGCUUCCUCCUGGAGGUUUGGCAUCUCUCAAUCCAAAAUUGACAAUAGUCCGAAAGCACUGUGGUAACUCUGCAGAUGCAGACUUACCCAGCGUGAUGACUUGCGCCAAUUACCUUAAGCUACCACCUUACUCCUCAAAAGAGAGGAUGAAAGAGAAGCUCUUGUAUGCCAUAACUGAAGGACAAGGGUCAUUCCAUCUUUCAUAGACAUCCAUCACAGGUAUAUAAAAUGUGAAUUUUGUAAUUAAUAGAGAUAGUUGCAGGUGGUGUAGAUAAAAGGAAUGGUGAUAGUAGUGGGUUGCAAAAGAGGGUCUAAUUAUUUCAGAGCAAAGGAAGCUCCCGUUACGACUUGACUUUUGUGCGGGAUUUGUAUAUAAGUGGGAAAAUUCAAGGAAAGCUGCUGAUUUACUUCUAAUGGUGGAUUUCAGAUUAUAGAUAGAUUGGGUUGUUCUGCUCACAUUUCUUGUACAAAUCUCUCUUUGUACAGAUAGAAUUAUGGCUGCUCUGCCCUGCAGCUUAGUCUUUAUGUUUAUGGUUACUAAGUAGUUAAUUGCAAAUUUAAGGGUUCUUUUCUUUUU